UUCCAAAUAAACACAGCUUGAUUCAACUUGGGUGGGCGGACUUAUCAACAGACUAAUUCUAUAAACAAAUGAAGGAAUAGCCCCGAAACCCAUUGGCUGGUAUCAGAAAGACACGUGGAAGGAAAAGCUUGGAGUUUUUCAGCAAUGAAAUUUUAAUUAAUGUGGGUGGGCUGAGAACACAGCGACUGUUUAUCAUAGACAAUUUAUUUUCCAGCGCUAAGUCAACAUAUAAUAGCAAACUUACAACAACUAUUUAACAUUUUUAAAGCCAUGAAGAAGGGACAGAGCGCGCUGCGGCUGGGGAGAGCGGUGGAGCUGAAGGCAGAGGCUAGGCGGGCUCCUCUGGAGGGUGUCUGCAGCGCGAGGCGAAGUCCCUGAGCCGCCCCAGGCCGUCUGCAUCGCGUGGUCAGGGGAGCGCGGCGCCCAGUCCCGCUCGUCAUGAGCCACCUCUUCGGUCCCAGGCUACCGGCUCUGGCCGCCUCGCCCAUGGUUUAUCUGUACGGCCCCGAGCGAUCUGGGCUCCCUCUGGCCUUCGCCCCUGCGGCUGCCCUGGGCGCCUCGGGCCGGGCGGAGCCCCCGCAGAAGCCGCCCUACAGCUACAUCGCGCUCAUCGCCAUGGCUAUCCAGGACGCGCCAGAGCAGAGGGUCACACUCAAUGGCAUCUACCAGUUCAUCAUGGACCGCUUCCCCUUCUACCACGACAACCGGCAGGGCUGGCAGAACAGCAUCCGCCACAACCUGUCGCUCAACGACUGCUUCGUCAAAGUGCCCCGUGAGAAAGGGCGGCCGGGCAAGGGCAGCUACUGGACGCUGGACCCUCGCUGCCUCGAUAUGUUUGAGAAUGGCAACUACCGGCGACGCAAGAGGAAGCCCAAGCCGGGCACCGGGGCCCUGGAGGCAAAGCGGGCCCGCAUGGAGACGCGGGAACCAGGUGCGGAGACGCAGCAGCCCGGGGCGGGGGGAGAGGAAGGGAGCCAGGGGCCUGCGCCCUCCAGCCUGGAGAGAGCCCCCGCGUGCCCCUCGCCGCUGCGGGAAGGCUCUUCUCUGCCAGACGCGGGCGACGCUGUCCAGGGUGCGGGGACCGUAAGCCAGCCCGCGAGCACCUUGGAGGGCCCAGCGUCUCCUCCGCGCCCCGCCUCCCGCAGCUCUCCCAAGUCCAAGAGCUUCAGCAUAGACAGCAUCCUGGCCGGCCGGCAAGGUCACAAGGCGGUUGCAGCGGGCCAGCUCCCGGGGGCUGCCAAGCCCCAGCCCAGAGGCAGUCUGGGCGCCUCGCUUCUGGCCACCACCUCCAGCCUCCGUGCGCCUUUCAACGCUUCCCUGAUGCUCGACCCGCACGUCCAGGGAGGCUUUUACCAGCUCGGGAUCCCUUUUUUCUCUUACUUUCCUCUGCAGCUCCCUGAUGCUGUGCUACACUUUCAAUAAAGUAAACAGUCUCUUCCCUUACUCCCUGGCCUAGGGUGCUGAGCGACCAAGGCUCUCCCCAGUGGGGGAAGGAGGCAAACAAGCAAACCCUGGAUCUUUUACUCCUCUGACAUGUGCACCCUGUUACCACUUUCUGCUCUCUGGUGGACUUCCCCUAAGUCAAAUGGACUUUCCCCCAACCCGGAGGUGCUUCAAGAUUUAAAAGACCAAACCCACAGUGAACUUGGACACCUCAGUCAUCUACUGAGCCAGCAGCAGCAUUCCUGGUCCUUAGGUCAGUCUGAUGACAUGAUCUUCUGAUACCAGCAAAGGUCCUGCGUGUCCACUCAAACAAAGGCUCAGACAACCACACAGGGUGGGGGGAGGCAUGGACAGACAGAUGGACACCAUGUGACCAUUUCCACUAAAGAGCCAUGGUCUGACUGGUGCCAGCCGUCAUCUGGUUACAGUGGCCCAGGCCUUGACUUUCAAACAAGUCACAAUGGGUAUUCAAUAACUGUUUGUUGCUGUGGCACAGUGUGGGGAAACCAUAAGGGAUUGCCUCACUUCUCUUUUCUUUCUUUCCUCCCUCCUCUUACCCCUUCCCCCUCCUCCUUUUUCAGGUCCUUUGGGAGAUCUAGGGCCUGAGGAUUCAUGACAAAUGUCCAGGUAAAAGCUGAGAAACCACACCUUUAUUUGAAAUAGAUUUUUUUCUUUUAUUCUUUCUAGACAGUAAAAGUAAGAUUCUCCCCCACCCCUUUGGCUUAGUGCUUGACUCCUUUUUACUGUAAGGAUUGCCUUCUGAAAACAUCUAUACUAACAACUGCUAUCAAGAAAGUGCACUCUAUAUACAGAUAGUGUCUUGUUGCAUUGUGCUCCUUAGUACAACCAUUCUCCCUCACACAUGACCCACAAUAGUAGGAGUCUCUUCUAAUUUUCACGAAAUUGAAAGAUUUCAGGGGAUACCAGAACACACACAGAAACAUGUGGAAGGGAGGGAAGAUGUCUUUGACAAUGUAAGAUUCCCCCUCCCUCUGCCAUAGCUAGGUUUGACUAAUGCUACAUUUUCCAGAGUUGUGUAGCAAAGAAUGACUUUUUGAUCAGAAAAGCUUGGUGAAGCAAACAAACAAAAAGCAGAGAGAGAGGGGGCUGGACAGGGAGAGAGAGAAGGAUUAAUAGUCAGAGGAGGUAGGGGCCUCUGCAUGUCUGUUAGUGGCUCCUCUCUAUACCCCAAAGGGCAAUGGGAUUCAUGGAAAAAUUAUUUUACUGGCAUCAAACCCCCUUCAGACCCAAACCUUGCAAGUUAAACAAAUAAUUAGAAUGGGGCUGGAAGUUUUUAUUAAGACUAUUUAAGAAAACCGAGAUUUUCACAGCCUAGUUUAGCUUGGAGCUUUUGGGAAAUGCAUCUACCCUCUCUCUUUGGGUUUUCAAGGAGUUUCAGAAAUUUGAUUUCCUGAGCUUCCAAGUUGCUUUAGUUUUGUCUCAUGUGUGAAGGGUCAUGUGUUUUUGGUGGUGGGCUCAGGUAGCUCUCUAGACUAACUUUCAAAAUAAUUUCCAGGACUUAUAGAAGAAUGAAUACAAAUUUUGAAUCAAGAGACUUUCUGGUGAAUAUGUCCGAAAGGACAUUUUGGGCAAAGAUAAUAAAUAAUAAUUCAUAGGCACAGAGAUGACUAUAAGAAUUCAUUCUGAAAGCCACAUGUGCAGACCCAGGCAUGCUUUCAUGACUGCAUUCUGGGAAGACUGGUGAACUGCAAAGUGUCCUCCGUUUGAAGAACUUUGAUGAGAUUCCUUUGCUGAGACCUAGGCUCCCUGUGACUAACUAACACAGAAUGUGGUGGAAAGUGGAAGGCUGUUAUUGGAUAGUUUGUUAUCCCAAACUCAGCCUCUGUGAAUAAAGUUGUUUUUGCAUUAA